CUAAUGCCGCGUCCAAACAACCCCCUUACGGAUUUCACAUUUUUCACAGGCAAGGUAGAGAGAGAGAGAGAGGUUUGAGCGUUAAAGUUCGAGAGCUUCAUAUUCUCUGAAGCUUGUAUCCGAUCCGAUCUGUGAAGCACUGAGACUCUAAAACAGGCUUUGGAAUUAAUGUGAUUUCUUGAACAUCCGACAAGGAUUCAUUGUAUGUACAGUGAUUCAGUUGCCACCACCAGAUGGGUUCCUGGUUCCAGUUCGGAUAUUGUUCUUACUGUUGUAUAUUAUGGAGUUUGAGACAUACUGUGAGAAGUUAUUGAAGGAAGUUCAGAAGGUGAAUCACAGUAUUAAGGAAAAAAGGAAAGAUGCCUGCGCAGAAAAUUGAAACAGGUCACAAUGACACAGUCCAUGAUGUAUCCAUGGAUUACUAUGGAAAGCGUGUAGCAACUGCUUCAUCUGAUACUACCAUUAAAAUAAUAGGUGUAAGCGGCAACUCUACUUCACAGCACCUUGCAACUUUGAGCGGCCAUCAAGGCCCUGUUUGGCAGGUUGUUUGGGCUCACCCCAAGUUUGGAUCCCUUCUUGCUUCCUGCUCAUAUGAUGGUAGAGUGAUAAUUUGGAAGGAAGGUAAUCAAAAUGAAUGGACACAGGCUCAUGUUUUCAACGACCAUAAAUCGUCUGUCAAUUCAAUUGCUUGGGCGCCUCAUGAACUCGGUCUUUGCUUGGCUUGUGGAUCCUCUGAUGGGAAUAUCUCAGUCUUCACUGCCAGAUCUGAUGGUGGUUGGGACACCACCAGAAUAGACCAAGCCCACCCUGUUGGAGUAACCUCAGUUUCAUGGGCCCCUUCAAUGGCUCCUGGGGCUCUAGUUGGAUCUGGUAUGCUGGAUCCUGUUCAGAAGUUAGCUUCUGGUGGCUGUGACAAUACUGUGAAAGUGUGGAAGCUAUAUAAUGGAACUUGGAAGAUGGACUGCUUCCCUGCCCUUCAGAUGCAUGCUGAUUGGGUUAGGGAUGUUGCUUGGGCACCCAACUUGGGGCUCCCAAAGACCACAAUCGCAAGCGCUUCACAGGAUGGGACAGUUGUGAUAUGGACUGUGGCAAAGGAAGGUGAUCAGUGGCAGGGUAAGGUUCUGAAUGACUUCAAGAGCCCUGUUUGGAGAGUCUCAUGGUCCCUGACAGGGAACUUGUUAGCUGUUGCUGCUGGGGACAACAAUGUCACAUUGUGGAAAGAAGCAGUUGAUGGAGAGUGGCAACAGGUGACCACAGUUGAGCCAUAGAUUUAAGUUUCUUUUGUUAUAAUCUUUCUACCGCUGUCCUGUGUACUGGCUUUAUCAAGAACUAGUUUGUUCAUUUUCCGGUACUAUUUCGUUCUGUUCUUGCUUUUAGUACUCCUGUUUGUGUGGGGUUAUAGUGAUUAUUGGUUUAUUAAAAUUUGGGGUUAGAGAAAUGAGAAUUUUUGUGAUUUUUAAUUGACCUCUUCCUACAUUAUAAUUUGUUAUUUUAUAAUAUGAUUGUUCUGAUGUUGAGGUUUUGUUCGCAUAA